AGCAGAGGAAAAAUUAUGCAAGAAACAGCAUUUCAAGUCUGUCCGAGACCUCACAAUAUCAUGUUGAACACUUAACAACCUUUGUCAUGGACCGUAAAGAUGCAGUGAUAUCUGUUGAUGAUGGCAUAAGAAAGCUUAAACUAUUGGAUAUUAAAGGGAAGGUUUGGACGCAGGAUAUGCUUCUUCAAGUAGAUGACAAAAGUGUCAGCUUAGUAGAUGUUGAAUCAAAGAAUGAACUGGAAAAUUUCCCCCUUAAUACUAUUCAGCAUUGCCAGUCAGUGAUGAAUGCCUGCAGCUAUGAUUCUAUAUUGGCCUUGGUGUGCAAAGAACCAGGCCAAGGAAAGCCAGAUCUUCAUCUCUUCCAGUGUGAGGAAAUUAAGGUGGGUUUGGCAAAAUGUCAGUGUAGAAGUGAACUAGAAUUUGUACAUUCUCCUUGUGCCUAA